AUGGCGGCCGAGUCCCCCCAGGCGCUGUCGAGGAAGAAGUCGCUGUUUCGCCGCUUUUCCAGACGGGAACGAGGCGACACGCCGCCUUCGCCUUUUCUCAUGAACCAGGGAAUCCGCUCGCCCAUGCCUCGCUCGCCCAGGAGACUCCAGCGCAAUCCCUCGUACGCUCCCGCCCCAGUAGGCCUACUCACACCGCCGCCCUCGCCGCCAGAGAGAAGCGCAACCAUAGCCGUCCAUCUGUCGACAUCACACCGACCCAGGACCGCCUCAUACAACCAACGUCCCGACCCAGAGCGUCGCCAGUCGACGCGCCUCCAGCUCACGCCGCCCCCUUCGCCCGAACCACGGCAGCGCGUGGUGCCACAGUCGCUGCCCAUCAAGGCCUUCCCUGACAAUCCUCUCCUCGUGCCGUGGAACGUCUAUCUGCCGCCUUCGCAAAUACACUCGCUCUAUCUCGGCCACGCCCCAGAGGACAUGGACGACAAAUGGUUCAUCUACAGCGAGGGCCCAGACCGCGCGGGCAAGCUGAAGGUGCACUUCCACCGGAGCUGGACCGGCAUGAAAGUCGCAGAGCUCUUUGUAGUCAUGGAUAUAAAAGGUGAGGGCGCGGGCAAGAUUGUGGGCAUCAAGUGGAACGGCGGCGAAGAGACCAACUGGAUGAGCGAGGAAGAGGCCAAAUACAUGAUCAGGACAACGUGUAGAUGGCAACUGGCCGUCGAUCUAGAAUGCAAUGCGUGUAAUGUGCGCCGUGUCAGGUGUUCGGGCGAGCAGCCCUGCCAACGAUGCUCCAAAACUUCGCGCGACUGCGAGUACCCAACCCCAGAGUCGGACAAGGUCUCGCUCAAGGACGAGCUGGACCGCCUGCGAAGGCGCUGCGCCGCGCUCGAGGCUGCUUUUCAAGUAGCUGCCCCGGAAGAAGCGGCAGAGCUAAUCGCCCAACUCGACCAUGGAGCCUCUACCGCCCGCCCCAGUGUCCCUACCUUUCAGUCGGUAUCCAUGGAGCUCGACCAGGCCGACGCCAAUGACGGCCGCUUGCUCGUGGACCCUUGCGGCACCCAGAGGUUUUUGGGCGAGACGUCGGGCGCGACGUUUCUUGACUACCUAAAGCAAUUCAUGCUCACGCUAGUUCCUUUGACCUUCCAACCCGAAUCGGCAGAUGGGUCCUCUUUUGUCGCCUCGAUUGGUCGCUACCAGACGUACGACUCGAGGCCCAUCCCAAACCCUACUGUAGAUCCUCUGUGGUUGCCGGACCGCGCAGACAUGAGCAUGAUGCUGGCCGAACUGCGCGCCUACGUCCAGGACGGCAAAGAAACAUUUGCGUCUGGGGGCAUUUAUUACAGAUGGCUUUCGGUGCUCAUGGGACGCCCGCCUACGAUAGCCGACGAGGCCAUUCGGAUUCCUCUCCCAUGCGACGAUGUUUCUAUGCCGCCGUGUGCAGGCCUUCGUGCACACGUCGAGCUGUCUCGCAUCUCCGGGUACAUUGUGUGUGAGACGUUCAAAAUUGCUCCGCGCAAUUUCAGGCCUGGCUACUCGCUCGUAAACAUUGACAAGGCCCUCAAGAUGCUCGAAGACUGGAGGCUGCAGCUUCCGUCGGUGCUGGCAAGCUGUGAAGGCGCUGAUCCUGCUGUUCUUUCUCUGCAUUUGGCGGCAAGCCAGCUCAUUGUGCUGACAACACGCCCAAUUCUACUUGCAGCAGUUAAGCAAGCAGUCGCUGAGCGCUACAUGAAUGGCCAGUGGUCUGCUCAACAGCAUGUACAUGGCAAACACAUCCAGAUUUGUCUCGAGGCUGCGCAUAGCAACAUGGUUCUAGCCCAGAGGCUGCGUAGUGUGAGAAAGCUGCUGCAAGCCGGCUUGCACUUUGUUUUCAAUGCUGGCGUCAUCCUGCUACUCGAGCAAAUUCUUCACCACUCGAGCAGCCGCGAGAUACCGCCUGCCAAGGUGCACACGCCCGAGAUUGAAUUCACCAUGCGCACAUUUGAAGAAGAGUCGAGGACCGGCACCAAUUACCCACGAGACUGCUUCAAAGUGCUCCAAGACCUCAAGGCCCUGGUCGACCGCUACCUCUCUCCUGAACACCCAGCCUCGGAGCCAGGAAGCUAUUCUGAUGGUGGCGCCGGCACCCCCGGACCGCCGUGCACCGUGCCACGGGGCUUGGAUAUACAGGGCAACCCCGUGACCCUCAGCGAGAGCCACGGCUUGUAUCAGGAAAUGCAAACGUGGAUCCAAAGCGACGGGCUGCGACUACACAACAGCUUACCGAUGUAA